UAGAGGCGAGGAGCAGCUGGGCUCUCUUGGCAGUCACCAUGAAGGCGCUGCUCCUGCUCUGCUGCUGCCUGGCCUCGCUGCUGCUUUCAGGACAAGCAGAACUGCAAGUCUCUGCUUCGGGUGGCACAGAAGAUGUUGGCAAUUUGUUGGAGAAUCAUUUCUCUGCUGGAGAUGCAAGUCUAGAGGAGAAAGAAAGGGCGCUUUAUGCAGAUGCGGCCCAUGGAGACAAGAACCUGCUCCUUCACUACCCAGACGGCAGGGAGGCUGAGAGCUUGGAGCAGACCCCAGCAGGGGUCCCUUCCACUGCCAACGGCCAGGGCUCCGAAUCUGAAGCUAGCCUGUCCAAUACCUCAGCUGCAGAGUCAGCUCCAUCUGGGGAUGCUGAAGGGCCUGGGGAGGAAGAGAAGGGCCCAGCAGCAGGCGCCCCUUCUCCAGGAGGGGUCGAGGGGCCAGAAGAGGAGAGGCCAGAGUUCAGUUCUGGAGGGGAACCAGGACAGGAGGAGGUUGGGCUGGGGCUCCCCACAGAGGGGGCUGCCAGCAUGGGGGCGGAAGUGCAAGAAGGAAGUAGUGGGGUCCCUGAGGAAUUCCAGGGGAGUGUAGCAGAUAGCCCCAUGACAGAAGCCGCAGCAGGGACAACAGAGUCUGCAGCCACCCAGGUCCCUCCUAGCACAGAGGGCGAAGAGGUCUAUACAGUGGAGGCAGAAGGGGAGGGCGACACAGGGCCUGGCCGCCAAUCCGCAGAGCUAGAUGGAGUUCAGGAUGCCACAUCUGCUGGAGACGAAUCAGAGGCUGACACAGCUGCAGAAGCCAAGGAGCGGGCAGAGGACCAGCCCCAGGGCCACGCCCUGCAGUCGGAAGACGAAGCCAUCUCAGGGCCUGAUCACCAGCCCCCUGACCUCGAUGCAGACUCUGACAACACGUCUUCUGGAGUAGAGGCAGACGCUGCAGAACGAGCAGCUGACCAGAGCCAAGUCCAUUCCUCUCAAAUAGAAGUCGAGGCUAGCCCAGGGUCUGGUCAUCAGUCUACAGAGCUAGUGACAGCCCCAGAUGCCACAUCUGCUGGAGAAGAACCAAAGGCUGAGGUGGAUACAGAAACUGGGGAAAAGGCUGAGGACCAAGGGGAACCUAGACCUAGUCAGGAGGCCAAUGAGAAGUCUGGGGACAGGGAGACAGAGAACGACCCUCCUGAGGGCCAGGUGUCGGGGAUGCCUGAGGAGGGCCCGGCUGAGGCCUCCUCUGAGGAAGAGGGUGGUGAAGGAGGUGAAAGUGAAGAAGGUGGAACUCCGUCUAGAGAGGAGUCUGAAGAAGGCAGUGGUGAUGGCGCUAGCUCAGAAGAAGAGCGGGACGUCCCUGGGGAGGCUGGAGAGGUCCAGAGAGCAGCAGGAACCACGGAACACGAGGUGGAAGGCACCCAGCUUGAUGUGGAAGAUCUGGAGGGUGGCAAGACCCAGGAUACAGAGGCGGAGGCAUCCAAAGAGAGACAGCAGGGCAGAGGGAACCCUGUAAUUGCUCAUCAGGAAGAGACUGAGGAUGUGAGUGAAGAGGCCCCCAUGAGGGACCGCUCCCACAUUGAGAAAACCCUGAUGCUGAAUGAGGACAAGCCAUCGGACGAUUACACAGCGGUACUGCAGCGGCUGCGGAAGAUCUAUCACACAUCCAUCAAGCCCCUGGAGCAAUCUUACAAGUACAAUGAGCUGCGACAGCAUGAGAUCACAGAUGGGGAGAUUACUUCCAAGCCAAUGGUGCUGUUCCUGGGACCGUGGAGCGUCGGCAAAUCCACCAUGAUAAACUACCUCCUCGGGCUAGAAGACACUCGCUACCAGCUUUACACAGGUGCUGAACCCACCACUUCCGAGUUCACUGUCCUUAUGCAUGGGCCCAAGCUGAAAACCAUUGAGGGCAUCGUCAUGGCUGCUGACAGUGCCCGAUCCUUCUCACCACUGGAAAAGUUUGGCCAGAAUUUUCUGGAGAAGCUGAUCGGCAUCGAGGUUCCCCACAAACUUCUAGAACGAGUCACUUUUGUAGACACACCAGGCAUCAUUGAGAACCGCAAACAACAGGAAAGAGGCUACCCCUUCAACGACGUGUGCCAAUGGUUCAUCGACAGAGCUGACCUCAUCUUUGUUGUGUUUGAUCCCACCAAGUUGGAUGUGGGUCUGGAGCUGGAGACGCUCUUCCGCCAGCUGAAGGGACGGGAGUCUCAGAUAAGGAUCAUUCUGAACAAGGCUGACAACCUGGCCACGCAAAUGCUCAUGCGGGUAUACGGAGCUCUCUUCUGGAGCUUGGCCCCUCUUAUCAAUGUCACAGAGCCUCCACGGGUUUAUGUCAGCUCCUUCUGGCCACAGGACUAUAAGCCUGACACCCACCGGGAACUGUUCCUCAAAGAAGAGAUCUCUCUCCUGGAAGACCUGAACCAGGUGAUUGAGAACAGGUUAGAGAACAAGAUCGCUUUUAUCCGCCAGCAUGCCAUCCGUGUCCGAAUCCAUGCCCUCUUAGUUGACCGCUAUCUGCAGACUUACAAGGACAAAAUGACCUUCUUCAGCGAUGGGGAACUGGUUUUUAAGGACAUUGUGGAAGAUCCUGAUAAAUUCUACAUUUUCAAGACCAUCCUGGCAAAGACCAAUGUCAGCAAGUUUGACCUUCCCAACCGUGAGGCCUAUAAGGACUUCUUUGGCAUCAACCCCAUUUCCAAUUUCAAACUCCUCUCUCAGCAGUGCUCUUACAUGGGGGGUUGCUUCCUGGAGAAGAUUGAACGGGCCAUCACCCAGGAGCUCCCCAGUCUUCUGGGUAGCCUUGGGCUUGGGAAGAAUCCAGGUGCUCCUAAUUGUGACAAAACAGGCUGUGGUGAGACCCCAAAGAAUCGCUACAAGAAGCACUAG